AUGCAGCAGACGACAGAGAGGAAAUACCAGCUCUUCCCUAAAGAGAGGCAAGUAGCUACUUGCCCUGGGAAGGCUCUGGACCCCGAGCAAGCGUUUGCGUUGGCCAUGUUACAAAACGGGGAGAAGGGCGAAAAAACUCCUGCCGCGGCAGGGCUCAGGAUACGGAUCAAGGAACACAACCUCAUCCGCAGACGAAAGGUUAGCGUCCCGGAUUUGGGACCUAUGACAACCGUACAAGAAGUGGCCAUGGAUUCCCGCCGACCACCUUUCCAUGAGCGCUCGAUUAGCGCACCGGGAGCAUCGUGGAAGCAGAACCAGAUGGUCGACUUCCUGUCACCAACGUUGGAGCAAUCUCCGGAACAAAAACACGAACUUCGAGGUGGAUUUAGGAGCCACGGAGAACUCCGGCAACCAUUAUCGCCAAAAAGUCUCACGCCUCUGGUUAUUCCAGCUUCAACAUCAGCAGUUCCUCGUUUAACACAACAGGCCUCACUCAAUCGGCUUCGAUCGGGCAGCACACCUGUGGACAUGCCACUACGGUCGGCGAGGACGGAUGACUCCCCAAGAAUCAAGACUCCCUUCACCCCCUGUUCAGCUGCCUUGACACCUGCAUCGGCCGCCACUACCGCCAUGACCAACUCGACGCUCCCCACACCUGUAUCCGCUCCCAUGUCCGCUCCCAUCGAGCAUCGAUCAUCACCCAGACCAUGGGAACGUGUUACGAACUAUGCGCUUGUCGGGACCCCCAAAGAAGGCUCACCGGAUCCCUCGGCCACGCCAAAGGCCGAACCCAAUGACGAAACACCACAAGUUUCCCAAGGCCAUACCAGAAAUGUGUCGGAUACAGGAAGUAUCAUGGAGAGAGGUCGGCCGCGGAAGCGGUCGGAUCUCACUCUUCGCGCUAUGUCGCGGCGAGGAGAAUCCAAGAGAAGCUCCAGUGCGGAGCGACGAGCAUUUGAGCAACUACCCAAAGGGUGGAAGGCAAGUGAUGCGGUCAACAUGCUUAGCCCUGUUGAGGCAGCUGCUUUACACAAGCAAGCUCUUCAGCAGGCGGCUAGGUUUGAGGUACUAAGAAAAGAUGACGUCGACAAUCUCUCUAGAGAACUUCGUCAGCUUGAUGAGCGCACUGAAUACCUUCGCCGUACCUACACCUCGCUUCGUGCUGGACGACGCAACCUACACACUCGGAUCUGCCAAUAUCUGCGAUCACCCCGGACGGCCAAGUUCAGUCACGACUCGAUGCUGAAGCAAGAGGAAGCCCUUGCUGAGCUUGACGCUUCGAUUGAUGACUGGGUUACCAAACUCGAACACGCUGAGAACCGGCGCAUGCGGGUCCGCCAGAAGCUUCUGGAGCACGUCGCCGCCGCAGCCACCCUGGCCGUCCCACCCACGGGCGUUGCUAGUGUGAGCGAGUCUCUGCAGCUCGCUAUGGGAGUUCGCCCCCUGAAUUGCCCGACCAGCAUGUCAACUCCUCCGAGAAGCCCCACGAAGACUGCCUUCACACAAACCUCGCCUUCCUCUCCGCCUUCCUCCUCUCCUCAGCGAGUGGUAGCUCAAGUUCCUUCAACCAUCAUGGAGGAUCCCUUGACCGAGGAGACUGCGGCGGCCAAAGAGAAGACUGGGGAGUCUGUCACGACCCUGAAAAGGGCGGAGACGAUUCGCAUCUACGCUGACAAUGACGUGUAUGCCCUCCUUGCCGACGUUGAGCAAACGAUUAGCAACAUGGGUGGGACAGAGGCCGUUGCGAAGGAGGAGCCAGUGGUGUCCGUGGUAAAGGAGGAGCCUGCAGUGUCCGUGGCGAAGGAGGACCCAGUCUCUGAUGUCGAGAGGAAAAAGUGGAAUCGCACUCGGGGCAGCCAGAUGUUCCUGAAGAGCAGUUCUCCUGCCAGGAUGGCUAUCCCUUUCUCCAAACUCGAGUCCAAGACCUCCUCGUCCUCUCUUUCUUCCUCUUCAACCCCUCCCACCACGACUACUUGCUCAACUGCGUCGACAUCACCCAUCGUGACGCCAACACCCGCCAGCGAAGAAUUCUUUCUGACCAACGCGGUGUUCAAGCCCUAA